AUGACCCUCCGCGGCGGCACCGGCGCCGGCGGGGUCUCCGCUUGGUCCAUCUGCAGCAGCGGUGUCUCCCCCGCUGCUGCUGCUGCUGCCGCCGCCGCCGUACGCCGCUCCUUCUUGCGCUCCUUCCGCGCCGCGCGCUCCUCCGCCGUCUCUACUGUCUCUGCUGUUGUCGCCGCUGCUGCUGCAGUGCGCUCGGCCUUUCGGCGCUUCUUCUCGCUGCGCGAUUUGUCCUUGUCCUUGUCCUUGCUGUCCUCAAAGAUGGGGGCCACCUCAACAUCGACACAGAACGCCACCUUGCGCAGCUUGCCGCCGUCCAGCUCUGUGAUCUUGCAUCGCUCGCGCGUGGGGUCGCGGUUGAGGACCACGCGCUCGCUUGCGAAGACGCCGGCGCGGGCGCUGCGGCCGGGCGUGGAGAGUUUGCGGAGCGUGCUGAUGAGGAAGCCGGGUGGUGGGGGGUUGCCGGGUGGCGAGGUUGUGGUGGCGGUGGGGUCGGAGGCAGAGGUGGAGGAGGCGCUGGAGGAGAACUUGCUGGAGAUGCUGCUGAGCCAGGAGCCGCGGCGGGAGGGCGUGGGGGGAGGGGCGCGGCGGCGGUGGUGUGCGUGA